UCAGACGUGGAUGAGUUCAUGGGUCGCACGGGAAACGAUGACACCUCACAGGUGUUGAAACAGUUGGACGAAUCGCACACUAAAUACCGGUUUAUGGAGCAGAACCUCAUGCAGAAGAAGCGCAGACUCAAGAAACAGAUCCCAGACAUCGAGACGUCCAUCGAUGUCCUCAAACUCGUCAAACAUAAACGGGUGAACCAUUUGAUCUCAUUUUUGGAUAAUAAGGAGGAAACGGAGACACAGUUUAUGCUCUCAGAUCAGGUGUACAUGAAGUCCACGAUACCGGCCACUGAUAAGGUGUGCCUUUGGUUAGGGGCAAACGUGAUGCUCGAGUACACCAUCCAAGAGGCGGAACAGCUGCUGAAAAAGAACUUCGAGACCGCCAACAAGAAUCUGCAGCAAAUCGACACCGACUUAGACUUCUUGAGAGAUCAGAUCACGACCACUGAAGUAAAUAUGGCUAGAGUUUACAAUUGGGACGUGAAAAAGCGACAGUCCCUCAAGAGUAGUACCGGUGCCGUAGCCACUACGGCUGCUACCAGUGCCUGA